GGGCGGAGCUCGACCUCCAACACCCGGACCAGAACAGCCCGGCGGGAGGCAGCGGGAGACGCAAGGCGUGGCCCGCGGGGACCCAGAAGACCGAGGCUCCGGACGACGAGGACCCACCCAACAUGGCAUCGGAGAGCGGGAAGCUGUGGGGCGGCCGGUUUGUGGGCUCCGUGGAUCCCAUCAUGGAGAAGUUCAACUCGUCCAUCGCCUACGACCAGAACCUGUGGGAGGUGGACGUGCGGGGCAGCAAAGCCUACAGCAGGGGCCUGCAGAAGGCGGGGCUCCUCACCAUGGCCGAGAUGGACCAGAUCCUGCACGGCCUGGACAAGGUGGCUGAGGAGUGGGCCCAGGGCACCUUCAAAGUACACCCCAAUGAUGAGGACAUCCACACAGCCAACGAGCGGCGGCUGAAGGAGCUCAUCGGUGAGACCGCAGGGAAGCUGCACACGGGGCGAAGCCGGAACGACCAGGUGGUCACAGACCUCAGGCUGUGGAUGCGGCAGACCUGCUCAUCACUCUCUGUCCUCCUCCGGGAGCUCAUCAGAAGCAUGGUGGACCGGGCGGAAGCGGAACGAGACGUCCUCUUCCCGGGGUACACACACCUGCAGAGGGCUCAGCCCAUCCGCUGGAGCCACUGGAUCCUGAGCCACGCGGUGGCACUGACCCGGGACUCAGAGCGGCUGCUGGAGGUGCAGAAGCGCAUCAAUGUCCUGCCCCUGGGGAGUGGAGCCAUUGCAGGCAACCCUCUGGGUGUGGACCGGGAGCUGCUCCGAGCAGAACUGAACUUUGCGGCCAUCACUCUCAACAGCAUGGAUGCCACCAGCGAACGAGACUUUGUGGCUGAGUUCCUGUUCUGGGCUUCACUAUGCAUGACCCACCUCAGCAGGAUGGCUGAGGACCUCAUCCUCUAUGGCACCAAGGAAUUCAGCUUCGUGCAGCUCUCAGAUGCCUACAGCACCGGCAGCAGCCUGAUGCCCCAGAAGAAAAACCCAGAUAGCCUGGAGCUGAUCCGGAGCAAGGCCGGGAGAGUGUUUGGGCGGUGUGCUGGUCUCCUGAUGACCCUCAAGGGACUGCCAAGCACCUAUAACAAGGACUUACAGGAGGACAAGGAAGCUGUGUUUGAAGUGGCAGACACCAUGAGCGCUGUCCUCCAGGUGACCACUGGCGUCAUCUCUACGCUGCAGAUUCACCGUGAGAACAUGGCACGGGCGCUUAGCCCGGACAUGCUGGCCACAGACCUCGCCUACUACCUGGUCCGCAAAGGGAUGCCGUUCCGCCAGGCCCACGAGGCCUCUGGCAAAGCUGUGUUUGCUGCUGAGACCAAAGGGAUCGCCCUCAACCAGCUGUCACUGCAGGAGCUACAGACUAUCAGCCCCCUGUUCUCGGGUGACGUGAGCCGUGUGUGGGACUACGGGCACAGCGUGGAGCAGUAUGGCGCCCUGGGUGGCACAGCACGCUGCAGCAUCGACUGGCAGAUAGCCCAGGUGCGAGCGCUGCUGCAUGCUCAACAAGCCUAGCCCCCUACCCCGUCACCAAAUAAAGCUAGAGAG